AAAAAAAAAAAAAAGAAUGGCAACAAACGGACGUAGACAGGUGGAUGAGGACGACGAUGAUAUUAUUGACGUAGACGACUCAUCAUUACAGAAUAACCAGGCCAACUAUGCAUGGGAGGAAGAAUACAAACGCAGUUGGGACGUUCUUCAAGAAGAUGAACAUGGAAGUCUCGCUGGCGUCGUCAACAGUCUACAACAAGCGGCAAAGCGCAAGCGACAACUGCGGGACACUGAUCCCAUUCAACGCGGGAUUAUUCGCCACCUGUUUAUAAUUGUCGAUCUAUCCAGCUCAAUGCAGGAGAAAGACCUUCGACCUUCACGUUUGUCACUUACUUUUACAUAUUUGGAAGCAUUCGUAGCCGAAUAUUUUGAUCAAAAUCCCAUCUCCCAAAUUGGAUUGAUCGGAACAAAGGACGGAUUGGCUGAAAAGUUGACAGAACUGAGUGGAAACCCCACAGAACAUAUUCGUACUCUCAAGAUGAAGAAGUUUCAAGAAGUUGGUGGCGAACCCUCUUUGCAAAAUGCAUUGGAGUUGGCAAGAAAUUCUUUGAUUCACGUACCAGCGCAUGGUUCUCGGGAGAUUUUAGUCAUCAUGGGAUCAUUAACGACAACAGAUCCUGGAAACAUCCAUGAUACAAUAGCACAGCUUGUACAGGAUAAUAUCCGUGCAUCAGUCAUUGCAUUAGCAGCAGAAGUUCAAGUACUAAAGUCUUUGUCGACACAAACAAAAGGAACAUUUGGCGUAGCUAUGAACGAAGGCCAUUAUCGCGACUUGUUAUUCGAAGUAAUUCCUCCGACGGCUGUCACGACCACAAAAACAUCAUCUAACCUUGUACAAAUGGGAUUUCCAGCACGAUCCAACGAGAGUGCGGCCACACUCUGUGCUUGUCAUAACAAACUAACACUUGGUGGAUACAUUUGUCCACGGUGCAAUUCCAAAUUGUGCGAUAUACCCACAGAGUGUGAUAUCUGUACUCUGACGUUGGUCUCCAGCCCAUUGCUCGCCAGAAGUUAUCAUCAUCUUUUCCCGGUCGAAAAUUUUAUUGAAGUCGCAUGGAAAGAUGCUGCUGCGACAACAGCCUGUUUUUCAUGCCAAAAGUCAUUCCUGAGUCCGCAUAAAGUUAGUCUUCAAUUGCAGGCGACGACAGAUGCGGGACGAUAUCAAUGCAAGCUGUGUGACAAGACCUUCUGUGCAGACUGUGAUUUAUUCAUCCAUGAUGUUUUACAUAAUUGUCCUGGUUGUUUAAGUCAACCUCGGCGUCUGUUUGGUAAACCCAAAGCAAUGGCUACUGCAAAUAUUCCUAAAGCUACGGUUCAGAAAUAGUGGUUGUGAAAGGAUCAAAAAUUAUCGCUGCCACAACAUUUACCAUAAAGAUG